AUGUCUUUUGAUUAUUCUCAAGAACUUAUUAAUGAUUAUGAAAAAUUACUUGAGGCUAAUAAAGGAUAUGAUGUCAUUAUUUACGCAGGUGAAGAUGAGAACGCAAAAGAAAUUCAUGCAAAUUCACUUAUAUUAUGUAUUAGGUCUCAAUAUUUUCAAGCGGCGUUCUCUAAUGAAUGGGCCGAAAAAAGAGAUGGAAAAUUUAUUCUUGAAAAACCAAAUAUUUCUCCUCAAAUAUUUAAAAUUAUUUUAAGAUUUAUUUAUUGUGGAAAAAUUGAUUUAACAAGAUUAAAAGGAACAGAAUUAUUAGAUCUUUUAAUUGCAGUAGAUGAACUUAGUAUCCAAACAUUAAUCACUUGUAUUCAAGAAUAUUUGAUUAAUAAUCAAUAUAAGUUUUUACAAAAGAAUCUUAUUGAGAUUCUUGAAGCUAUUUAUCAAUUUCAUCAAUGUGAUACUUUUUCAGAUUUAUGGGAAUCUUUUCUUGAAGCAAUUUGUGAUAAACCGGAAAUAUUAUUCAACACUGAUAAAUUAAUUAAUUUAAGAGCACCCAUCUUGGAAUUACUUUUAAAACGGGAUGAUUUAUUAUUGGAUGAAAUUAUUAUUUGGGAUAAUUUGAUCAGGUGGAGUUUUGCUCAACAUCCUUCUAUUAAAGAAGAUAUAAAACAAUGGAAUACGGAAGAAAUUGCUAUUAUGGAAAGUACUCUUCAUAGAUUUCUUCCUUUAAUUAGAUUUUAUCAUAUAUCUUCAGAAGAUUUUCAUUCAAAAGUAUAUCCUUUUAAAGUAUUGCUACCCAAGGAUUUAAUUAACGAAAUGCUUGUAUUUUAUUUGGUACCAAGUAAGAAACUGAAUAUUGAUAUUCAACUCCCUAGGUAUCCAAAAUAUGAUACAGAAUUAAUUAAAUUUCAACAUUUUGCGAUUUUUUCUAGUUGGAUUGAAAGGGAAAGUGAUUCAUAUUAUUAUAAAAAGAAUAUUCCUUAUCAAUUUAAUUUGAUUUAUCGUGCUAGUAAAGAUGGUAAAACAGCUAAAGCAUUUCAUAAAAAAUGUGAUAAUAGAGGACCCACUAUAGUUAUAAUAAAAAUUAAGGGAUCGGAACAAAUUAUUGGAGGAUAUAAUCCAUUUAGUUGGGAUUCAAGUAAAUCUUAUAAAUAUACAACAGAUAGUUUUAUGUUCUCUUUUACAGAUAGAAAGAAUACGAAAACUGCAGAAGUAAGUUUUAGUAAUGGUACAUAUUCUAUAGGUUGCUAUCCAACUCAUGGACCAAUAUUUGGUGGUGAUUUUUCUUGUAAAGAUUGUGCUACUAAUUGGAAAUUUAAUAAUUAUUUUCAUUCAUAUCCUGACAUUAAUAUUCCAACAGGAAGUAUACAGGUAGAUGAUUAUGAAGUUUUUCAAGUUAAAAAGCUAAAACAAAAUUUAAAUGAUAAACGUAAACUCUUUAAAAAAAAAAGUUUCCUUAAAUCUUUGUUUAAGAAAUAG